CACUCGCGGCCGGGACGAAGGAGAGGGAGAGAGCGGCUGGAGGAGGAGGAGGAGGAGGAGGCUGGGGAAGGGAGAGGAGAAGAAGACUGUGGAGACGGAGCGCAACAGGGGAAGAGGAGGCAGGCUCCCUGGCGCCGCUUCUGGGGCCAGAAAGGAGCCCCUCUUGGCUCGCCCUCUCCGGCCCCUUUGGAGGGAAUAUGGGCAGAGUUGGAACUUGGCUCCUGACUUUGGCUGGACUUUUGCAGGCAGCCUCCGCCGAGACCUUCGCAGGUGGCUGUUCUUUUGAUGAACCAUUUACCUCAUGUGGAUAUAGUCAGUCUGAUGAUGAUGAUCUUAAUUGGGAUCAAGUCAACACACUACUAAAGCCUUCAUCAGAUCCUUGGAUGCCCACAGGGUCUUUCAUGCUUGUGAACACCUCUGGAAGGAUUGGACAAAGAGCUCAUCUUUUGCUACCACACCUUAAAGAAAACGAUACUCACUGCAUCGAUUUUAACUUUUAUGUUUCCAGCAAGAGUGGGUCCAAUCCUGGUGUACUAAAUGUUUAUGUGAAAGUCAACAAUGGUCCACUUGGUAGCCCAGUAUGGAAUAUGUCUGGGGCUCCAAUAGGAACCUGGAACAGGGUAGAAUUGGCAAUCAGCACCUUUUGGCCAAAUUUCUAUCAGGUAGUUUUUGAAGUAAUCACAUCUGGUCACCAAGGAUACCUGGCUAUUGAUGAUGUGAAAGUUUUAGGACAUCCAUGCACCAGCACACCCCAUUUUCUGCGUGUCCAGAGUGUAGAAGUCAAUGCUGGCCAGUUUGCUACCUUCCAGUGCACUGCCAAUGGCAGAACGGUUCAAGGCAAUAGGCUUUGGCUACAGGGUCUGCUUGUACGAGAUGCACCUGUGAAGGACAUGAAAAUUUUCAAUGAUCGACGAUUUGUAGCUUCCUUCAGUGUGGUGAAUGCUACCAAACGGGAUGCAGGCAAUUACCGGUGUAUGAUUCGCACAGAAGGAGGAGUAGGAGUGUCAAAUUAUGCGGAAUUGAUUGUGAAAGAGCCACCGGUUCCCAUUGCACCACCUCAGCUAUCAUCAGUUGGUGCAACCUAUUUAUGGAUACAAUUGAAUGCUAAUUCCAUCAAUGGAGAUGGGCCCAUCAUUGUGAGAGAAGUAGAAUAUCGCACCUCCAGUGGAAAUUGGUAUGAUAAACAACCGGUAGACUCCACAAGCUAUAAAAUUGGACAUCUUGACCCUGAUACAGAAUAUGAAAUUAGUGUGUUGCUUACCAGACCAGGUGAAGGAGGUACUGGAUCCCCUGGACCAGCUCUUAAAACAAGAACAAAAUGUGCUGGUGAGUACAUUGAGGUAGUUAUAUUUUGAAUGAUGUAUUCUGUCUUUAAAAUGCAGUAUUUUUGACAUUUUGGGUUAAAACUGUUAUGCAGCUCCAGAAAGUGUAACUUCCACAGACACCCUUUUCCCCAGAGUCCUGUUCGUCACAUUUCUAGUUUCCAACAGAACUGGAAGUAACAGGUUGAAUAUCUGGAAUUAUGAAAUCCAAAAUUAUCUACAUGGGUGACUAAGGGUGCAUCUGCACUGCCUAAAUAAUCUGGUUUGACACUGCUUUAACUGCCAUGGUUCAGUGCUGUGGAAUUCUGGGAAUUGUGGUUUUGUGAGGCAUUUCAC